AAAAGAAAAAGAAUUUGAUAAGCUCGGAAUGGCUUGAGAGAAAGAAACGGAUCCAAUAUCCAAAAGAGAAAGCGCGUCGGAAUAAAAGAGAAAAGAUAAAGUGAUCGUGUGUGGGAGUCACUUUUGCAAUAUCUAAAGUUAUAAUAGAGAAGGAGAAAACAAGCCUAGGUCUUGCAUAUCUCGGUAAUAGAUUUGUUCUUCUUCUUUUAUCAGAUAAUUAUAAGAUGGCUAAUGUUCUUGGAGGUGUUCGUGACUGUAAUGAAUCAUCUGAGAAUUCCCUAGAGACUGAAAGCCUUGCCAGAUUCGCAGUUGAUGAACAUAACAAGAAAGAGAAUGCCGUACUCGAAUUCGGGAGAGUUUUGAAAGCCAAAGAACAGGUGGUGGCUGGUAAACUACAUCAUCUGACACUAGAAGUAAUUGAUGCUGGUGAAAAGAAAAUUUGUGAGGCCAAAGUUUGUGUUAAAGCAUGGGAAAACUCAAAGGAGCUGGUUGAAUUCACACAUACCCAGGAAUAAUCUUCUUGGAGUCGAUACUCUACUGCCUAGGCUUAAAAUAAGGAAUCAUAUGCAGGUGAUCUGAUGGGGUUUGCCAAGUUUCAACUUUAUGGUGCUUUGUGUUUGAAUGAGUGGUGGAAUUAAUAUCUAACAACUCUGGAUGAUCGCCGUUAAGGCAUUUAAUGUUUGAAAUGUGUGGAUUUAUAUCUAUGGAUUUAAUUUUUGAAACGAAAAACGGUGUGCAUUGUUGUUUUCCUAAUAAAUUACUAACAGCCUGCAAAGAGUAAAACAGGCAAGC